UUGGCCCCCAUUGGCAGCCUCGGCCUGCAGUGGACUGCGCCAAGCCCACACCCAGUCCUCUCUGGAGGAGGAAUAAGAAGCUGCUCUGCCCACACUCCUGCCACUCGGACACUGAAGCCAGAGAGGACACCAGCAGCAAACGGUAACCAGGAGCGUCCAGGAUGUCUGAGCUGGAGAAGGCCAUGGUUGCCCUCAUUGAUAUCUUCCAUCAGUAUUCAGGACGAGAGGGUGACAAACACAAGCUGAAGAAAUCGGAACUCAAGGAGCUCAUCAACAACGAGCUCUCCCACUUCCUGGAGGAAAUCAAAGAGCAGGAAGUCGUGGACAGAGUCAUGGAAACGCUGGAUGAAGAUGGGGAUGGAGAAUGUGACUUCCAGGAAUUUAUGGCCUUCGUCUCCAUGGUGACGACAGCUUGCCAUGAGUUCUUUGAACAUGAGUGAGACAAAAAAAAAAAAAAAAAAAAAAGGAGCCAAUCUGUUCCUGUGGCAGACAUGAAGAUCAUGAGAGGAAACAGAGUGAAGGCUUGCAGGCUCGAAGGAGCUGAGCUCUCUAGCCACAUGUAAUUACUUAGGAAGCUUGAUUUGCUUGGGAUAUGAGAAACUGGGAGUCUUCCCAAGGGCUGCUUUAAAUCCACACAUCAUUAUUUCUGCUACAUUAGGCAUCCCUGCGAGCUGUCGGGGCCCAGGAAGUGUUGGCUAAGGAUCACUUAGGGGACAAAUUCAAUGCUUGGCAGUGUAUGUGUGGCAGACCACCAUGCUCCUGCAGAACCACAGCCCAGAAGAAUCACGGCAGACCACCAACAGCAAGCGGUUCUAUAGGACAGCAUUCUUAAUGCUUCCAACAGAACCCCCCAAACCCACAGUUGGGGGCACUGUCACCGGAAGAGGCUGCUUUUCCUAACAUCUUCCUUACACUGUUUGUGCAAAUGUGCCCAAGAAAGCAGACGGUCUGAUUACAAUACUCCCCACCCCCAGUCCAAAUGUGCAGGGCCACUUAACUCUCUGCUUGCGGUGAGCAGCCAUUGCUAAAUAUUUAAUGCCAACAGUUCUAACUGGAAAAAAAUAGGACUCCCAAACUAAGUGUUAACGUCCUAACUCAGGACUGAGAAUCGAAACUCUAUUCAGCAGACUUAUUUUAGGAUGACACUGUUGUUUCUAUAGGAUGUGUACAGAGGAGGAGAAGGGCCGCAGUAUAAUGUUAUGGAAUAACGUUUUUGUGCAUUGUGAAGAUGCGCCGCUCUGAUUGGUUUAAUAAAAAGCUGACAGCCAA